UGAAAGAGAGGGGAGUACUCCGUCCGUAUAUGACAAAGUAUAGGCGUCUACAAAUUGACAGGUACAUUCACAAUUACUCUAUUUACAAAAAUAUUUACCAUUCUGUCUUCUCUGCCUUUUAAGCGUUUCGGUGCAUCGUUGAAUCAAUCGAAAGAGAGCCCAUCGAUCGAAUCGGCUACUCCCCGAUUCUCUCUUUUCUUCUUCGCGUUUCUAGGUCUUUUGGUGUCUGCUCUUCGCAUCGGAGCUUCGAUUGCAAUCGGAUCGUCGCUUCACGCCACGGAAGAUGUUCUUGGUCGAUUGGUUUUAUGGGAUUCUUGCUUCUCUCGGUCUAUGGCAGAAGGAGGCCAAGAUCUUGUUCCUGGGCCUCGAUAAUGCUGGGAAAACCACCUUGCUUCACAUGCUCAAAGAUGAGAGAUUGGUUCAACAUCAACCAACACAAUACCCUACAUCUGAGGAACUUAGUAUUGGGAAAAUCAAGUUCAAGGCUUUUGACCUGGGAGGGCAUCAGAUUGCACGCCGUGUUUGGAAAGACUAUUAUGCCAAGGUGGAUGCAGUUGUGUACUUGGUAGAUGCAUAUGAUAAAGAAAGAUUUGCAGAGUCAAAGAAAGAGUUGGAUGCUCUACUCUCAGAUGAGUCCCUGACCAAUGUGCCUUUUCUGAUUUUAGGCAAUAAGAUUGACAUCCCUUAUGCUGCAUCUGAAGAUGAAUUGCGUUACAGUCUGGGGUUGACAAACAUCACUUCUGGAAAGGGAAAGGUGAACCUAGCUGAUUCCAACGUCCGGCCUCUUGAGAUAUUCAUGUGCAGCAUAGUCCGCAAGAUGGGGUAUGGAGAUGGCUUCAAGUGGAUGUCUCAAUACAUUAAGUGAUUAGCUGCUCCCAGAUUCUGUUUUUUAUUAUGUUUUUCUUUCCUGUUCUGCCCCCGCCCCCCAUAAGACUCAUAGUUGAACUUUUGUCUGUCUGAAAUCAGUGUUGGAUAUUGUUCUCUUGUUAUUGCUAUUUGUUUUCUUUUUGGGUGAAUUGCCAACCAAUCUUCUAUAACUUCAUCGGGUCUGAAGUUUGAGAUGGACAUGAAAUUCCACUAGAGCUUGAAUAUGGUCAUACUCUCCACACUUUCUCACUU